CUGCUGCAUUGCCAGUAAGUACAAAGUAGCUGGAGAUGAAAAGAUUACACCUGGUGAAGAGACAAUUCCAGAGAGUGACUGUAGGGCAGGACUUUCUCAUUCAAGACUACCAGAAAAGAGCUAAAGGUUUGGAGACAUCUUUGAGGGACCUUGAUGCAGAAAAUGCCAAAUAUGAUCACUUGCUUAAAGAACAUGACAGUAACACAGAUUUGAAGGAAGAUAUUCUUGCAAAAAAAUCGAAAGGUGCGAGGCUUUUGGACUGAGACAGACAGAGUCUUAUCCCCCCUUGUA